AUGAAUGAAGCCAAUGUCCCUGCCCCAGAGGCUUAUUACUUGCCCCCAACACGUUACGUUCCAAACAGUCCUUUACCACUUUUGGUUUACAGGGACGUGUUGCCUAAACCAGUCACGGUUGAGUCGUCUCAGAGAUUUGUCGAACAGCAUGGCUGGGAUCGAAAGGGCCAUGUGUGGGAAGCAUUUUACAAGCGCCAUUUCCACCCCAACUCGCACGAAUGUUAUGGUGUAGUCAGCGGCUCAUCAGUAGUUUUGAUGGGGGCUGGAACAUCCGAUGAGACCGAGGGUCGCGAUCCUCACGAUUCAACAUCCGAGGCCGUGGGUAUUCGUCUUACACUUCGACAAGGCGAUGUCAUCAUCCACCCCGCCGGAACUUCACACGCCAAUCUAUCCAUUGAAGGCGAGUACAGAUAUUUGGCAUUUUUCCCGAGAGAUGCUCCUCGGUGGAGGACUGAAAACGGUACCAACCUAAUGGAUGUGGAUGCAAUAAUGUCCGAGAUCAAGGCUGUGCCAAUGCCCCAAGAUCCUGUGACUGGUGAUAACGGACAUCUUCAACGUCUUUGGGGUGAGGAGGCAAAAAAGGCAUGUUAG